UAAUUCAUUGCAUAAGUCAAUUGGUUGACACACUGUUUGGUCUAUUAGUUAGUGAUUGGAUUGUAUUGAAAGCACUGUUAGUAUCAAUCAAUUGAUUAACUUAUUUACCAUCACUUAUAUGACAGACAGCAUACCAUCGAUGGAUAAUUAUAGCGAUAGUGAUUGCGAAGACACUGCCGUCGAUGACAUCGAACAAUCACUGACCGAAUGGUCACCCGAGAAGACAAAUGAGUCGACAAUAGUGAUUGUGACGUUCAAUGUGGUGGUCAAAGAUAUUAAUGACAAGUACUACCCGAACGAAAUAGGAAUGACCAGAAUGUCGAUCACCGACGGUGUCCAACACGGCUACAGCAAACUCAUACAAAAUACUCAUCCGCAAGGUUUCUAUGGAACGGCCGACAAGUUCAGCAAAGAUACCCAUAAGAUACCCAUCAAUACGAUAGAUGUCCCGGAAUUUUGUGGUGAUUAUCAUCAACUGUUUAAUGAGAUUUACCUAUUUAUGGACGCAUCGAGUUUUAAGGACAGAAAAGGCCGCAAAAUUGUUUUCUGUAAAACUAUCGACAGUCGAUCCAAUGUUGAAGACAUGCCUCAAGUGAUUGGUUCACUUGAAUGGAUGGACAAUAAGGUAAACGCCGGUCAAAAGCCAGGCGCCCGUAGUCUAUGCCGUGAUUUUGUAGUCAUCGAUAUCGUGGAACUAUUGUUUUUGAUGACCAAAACAUGUUGUCGACAAAAUCGCGCAAAAGCUUUACUCAUUGAUGACCUGAAUAGUUGCCGAUAUGACUAUAAGGCUAACAUGAGGUGUGAAUUUCACGACGAAACUGAAAACAAUUAUUGCGCCCUUUUUGCCACAAAACGGACGGCAUAUCUGCUUAUCGAUGCCAUACUAUCAAUAGGAUUCAAAACCGAGUACGAAGUGAAACCAAAGGACACUCAUAUACCGAAAAACAUUUUGAUUGAGUCCGAGUCGUCCAUCUUUAAGGGUUCGGAGAUACCACGUGUGCCGUUAAAUAGUUAUAAACUAUUUCCACAUAAUACUCGGUCACCGUAUGCUAAUGUGGUCAACAAUCAGGUGACUACAAACAAACAAAGUCCGACUCCUGGAUCUGGUAUGGGAAGGGGUAGGUCUACCAAUUGGUCCAAAAAUAGUGGCAAUCGUUAUAAUUGAUUUUUUGAAAUUUGUUUGCCUUUCCAUUAUCUAUAUAUUUCAUAACUUUUAUAUUACCGUAAAUAUAUGAUUUAAAUUUGAUAAACUUAUUAUUUAAUAGUAUUUUUACAUUACCGGUAUAUUACA